AGUAUGUGUUCAAGUAAAAUGAAGACCUUGAUGAAAUACAGGCUGUGGGAUUUAAAAAAUACAAAUCUAAUAGAAUUUGUGUACAAUGCCAUAAAUUCAAUAACAUUAGGCGAUAUGCAUGAAUUUUUCGAGAACAGGGACCUGCACAUAUAAACAUUGCCCAAAUUCUGCAUUUUUCAAACUUUUUUUAAUUGAAACGUAGAAUUUAUGUUCAUUUACAAGCAUAGCUAAGCAGAAAAGUGUUAGAUAUUCAGUUAGUAUAUCAUAUUUUACAAAUAUAGCAGUUCAAAACGUAAACAAAGUUUGCACAUGCGCACACACAGGAGUGGACAUUAUCUUUAACUUUAAUAGUGAUUUAAAGUGCUUGUUUGAACUUUACAGUUUGAAUUUAUUUGUUCAAAACAUUGUUUAAACUGUAAGCAUGAAAGCAUGGUGUGAAUAGAUAGACUACUAGCAUGAAAAAUACAAAGAAAACUUUGCUCAAAGCGUCUAAGUUUUUUGUAUUUUUCUGGUAGUCUAUCUAUUCACACCACACUAUUUUAACUCUUUUUCGACCACCCCCUUUCGCAUCAUAUUACGACACAAUUUUUCUAAUGUAAAUAUCUCGGCGAGCAUUUACCCCCCUUAUAAAUAAAUACCACCAUUGUAAUCCUCACAAAAUAACCUUUCAAACGGAGGGUCAAGUGCCGUCUGAACAUUACACAAACCGAAACAAUCAUAUAUUUACUCACCGCUUGACCAAAGAUUCUAAAUUUCACAUACACAAGAUCUUGAAUAUCUCUUGAACAUUUCGUCAUUUGCUGAACGGCUAUAUGUGUAAAACACUCUUUGUAUUCAAGCAUUUUCAUGUACAAAAUUUUGUUUGAAUACGGCGAGUAGAAAUAUUUAUUUUGAAUUUUUCAAGAUGUCGGGUUUUACUCGCACUUGCGUACAUUGUGCAAUAAUUGGCCAAUAAGAAGCUCCUGUAGCCGGGAUGACGUCAAACUCAUGCGUGUAGGUGCAAUUUGACCUUGCGAAUCCAUUUCUGGCCUACGAUACAAGCUUUGCAUUGUUUUGUCGGUUUUCAGUCGUAUUUCCGGUUGGGAUUAACUCACUUCCAGCUCACAGUCGGGCAAGAAAUGGAAAUAUAUUGCUUGUGUCCAUUUCAUUAGGGGAAUAUAUUUGUGUCAUUUGCCGUUUUGGCUUACUUAUUUUUACUAUCAUUGAAUCGAGCAAGAAAAAUAUACUAAACUUACAUAUCUGUAGCUAUUUUUCUUUGACAUAUUCGCCACUAGGGCAAAACGGUGCAAGAGGCGUUGUGAACGGAACACCAAACGGCCUGUCAACGUGGAUUUUAACUCGAUCCAGUCCAACCGUGCACGUUUUCACAUAGCCGUUGCAUGCGCAUUGCAUUUCCCAAGCUCACUGAUGUAUGGGGAGAGGAUGGCACCGCACAGAUCGGACACAGGUGCAGGGAUAAAACAUGGAUGAGAAGACAAAAAACAGAGGAGGGGAUAAAACAUGGGUGAGAGGAUAAAACAUGGAUGACAGGAUAAAACACGGGUGAGAGGAUAAAACAUGGGUGACAGGAUAAAACACAGAUAAGGGGAUAAAACAUGGAUUAGGGCAUAUAACAAAAAAACUUUUUUCUUGGCUGAUGAGGUUAUUUUUGAAAAUUAUUUCGUCAAUGUGGUGAUGUCUAAAAUAAACUUGUAGGUCGUGUUUUAUCACAUAUAAAACACUCUGCUUUGUGUUUUAUAUGUGAUAAAACACUCCUACUCAUAUAUUAAAUAGUACUUUAAAAACUCAUUACAGUAAUAAUUCAUGAAGAAAAUUCAAAAGAAAUUAAUCUUUAAUCAAUGUUUGUAAAUCAGAUAAAGAUUUCUCCUGAUUUACAUAAACUUCAUUUUUAAAAUUACUUGGCCAAUGAACUCAUAAGAUGGGUCGUUUUUUAAGUACGAUAAAACGUUCACGUCCAUGUUGUAUCGGAUCUUCGGCUCAAGUUUGUAUAUCUGAUACUACAUGGCUGCUCAUGUUUUAUCAAGUACUUAAUCUACUUUACUACAGUAAUAUUACACAUUUACCUCUAAAUCUUACUAGGCCAGCUAUGAUAUGCAAUCAAGAUAUGGAUAAAAUUAUGCUUCAGGAAAUGGUAGCUGAAGGUGUUUUUCAUCACAAAUCGAAAUUGAGAAGCAGGGGAAUAUCAUGGCAAAGGAUUGUUAGUUAGGUGAAUGCUCUGCCAAGCUUUUAGGUCAACACAAGGUCUGUACAAGAUCGAUUUAAACUCCUGGCAAAGAAGAGUAAAACUAAAAUGGAUAAACAAGAGCAGUCAACUGGUGGACGGAGUGUGGAAAGCAAAGACUUGACUGGAAUCAAAGAUGACACAAACCAGAGAGCUGAAGAAGAAUGUGAAGACAACAAAGACCAGGUGAAAGCAUUGGAGAUGAGGAAGAUGGCAAUAGAGAUUGUGCCAGAGACAAGAGUGUUUGGGGACAUUUUUAACAGAAAUGACAAUCGGGAAAAGCGUUGAUGGAAAACGUCAUAUGCAAAAGUUGAACAACUGUGAAAAGCAUGAAAGCGUGCUUCCAAACAGUUAAAAAGGAAUGCUCAGUUCAAUAUUUUUGUACUUCCAGAAAAUAUGAAUUAUAUGUCAUUGUCUAAUUCUCUUGGAAUGCCACAAACACAAAAGCCAAAAAUGUUUCCCGUCAUUUUUCUAUUAAUUAUUAUAAAACAAAAAACCAAGAUUAGCAUGUUGCUCUCAUCUGCAAGAACAUUUUUACCCCGACCCUAACUCCCCCUCCCCUUUUGGCGAAUCUGCCCCAUUUUGAUGACUACUUGACUGAGUAUCUACCUAAUAUGAAGAUAUUUUGUUGGAGUUGCAUACCAACUCUAACUUGAUUACUUGCACAUCAAUGUUUCAUGGACACAGAUUUAUGUACUAUUUGCAUACCCCUUUAUAAGUGCUGUAUAACUAAUUUAAUAAGUAACUUCCAUAUACCUUUUUUCAGGAUGAUUUCGAACUACGAGUAUUGCAUAAAUGAGUUUGUGCCUAUAAAUGUUAUAUUGGAUGCCACUUUUGAGGAAAGAGUAAAUUUGACGGGAAUACUAAUUCAAGAUGUUUGGGAAGGAAAAGUACAAAAAACCCCAAAGGGAUCAUGGUUCCAGGUUUUUGAACUUAAAGAAGCAUACAAGUAACGGAAUAUGCAUAGAAAUGAUACCACAAUUCACAAAUUAAAUGGUACAACAAUGGGCAAUUCCAGCUUUUAGUUUAUGCAUGCAGGGGAUGAUGGGAAGUAAAGUAUCAUAUUGCUGAUUAUGCUGCAAAAAUAAAAUUGGUGGUCAUGAAACAUGGAGUGAUAAGCUUAUACAUGUAAAUAUUGAAAUAUUUUGGUUGUUUCAGCAUAAUCAGUAAUAUGAUACCUUACUUCCUAUUGAAAAUAUCUGUUUACUCUGUGGUGGUUGACCUGGUUGGAUUCUCAAUUCCUCCCUAUGAAAUCAGUUACAUAUACACACCUUCUAAAUCCUGAUUGUAGUCGAGCUGUCACUGUUGAUUGAUGGGCACCAUCUUACAUUGAAACUGAAAAUAGAUAUGACACCCACAAUCACAUGUGGUGAAGAAGUAUCCCUAAGCAAAAUCAAAGGACUAAACACCACUGAAAUUACUCUAUGAUCAAUAGACAAGGCAAUUUGUCUUCUUGAAAAUGCAUUGCCAUGCAUAAGACAUGCCAUCUGUCCGAUGAUGAAAGUGAGUACCUAAAAUUGGAAGUUUCUGGAUCAAAUGCUGUGACCAUUAGAUCAGAAUUGAGAGAUUAGUUUCCACAUCCUGCUUGUUAUUUUGAUUUCGUAGGAAAUCAUGUAACAAUUGUUUGUAUAUCACAAAGCUCUAUUGAAAUAGAUCCAAUGAGCCUAGCUGGAAAAUAUUUAAAUAAAAAAAUAUCCAAUGAAUGAAAUUUGGCAUCAUCCAACUACUUUCCAAGCAAAAAAAGUAACUUACGAUUCCUGGAUCAAGAAUGUCUUCAAAGAAAAAUUGGAAGAAGGAAUCUCAAAAUGAAACAUAAUUGAUUAAGUUGAUAGAGGAAGAUAACUUGGAUCUUAAUGGAAAUUGUGAAAUCCACUAAUAUAGCAGAUAUUCCACCCAACCUUAAACUGCUUUGGGAACAACAAAUGAAGCAGUUGUCAAUGAAAUUCUCAAGUGGUUACAGAUGGGACCCCAGGUGCUGAUUGCUAUUCAUUUGAAUGAUUGGGUAAAGGGUUCACAUUGGCGAGCUUCAACAUCAGAGGGACACAUUGUUGUUCGAUUGAUAGAUUGAACACUUUGGUAAUUUAAAAUGGUGGCACUUAUUUGGUAAGAAUUUAAUUGUAUGAAAAAAAUGUUCCUAUAAACUUGCUAACAUAAUAUUUUUUGUUUAUAAUUUGCUAGGAUCAUACGAUUCACUCUGGAUGUUUAUUUUAAGAAUCCUAAAGCGUUGGGUGCAAUGCGGGAGUUUCUUUGUUCUUCCAAGCAAUCGUUUGAUAAGGUUUGUGUAACCUGUGAUUAUGCAUUUCAAUUCAAAAAAUAUAUGCUGAGAUAAAUACUUUAUUUUGUAGAUAAACCUCUGUUAGUCUAGAAAAUCUUAGACCAGAAGAUUAUUGGGGUGGACUUAUUUUGGAUGAAAUCUAAAUUCAGGUACCGUACAUGCCAUGCAUUUUAAUAUAUUGAUAAGAAAAUUAUCAAUGUUUAAUAUUCUCAAAUUACAAAUGAUAUUAAGUGUAAGGGAUUAAAAAUAAAAACAAUUUUUUAUAUAUUAGGAAGAUCUUUAAAUUACUUCGAGUCACAUAAAUCAAUGUGAUCCUAUGCUUUGAAUAUAUUCAGUAUCCAAAUAUGAUACCAUUUUUCUUUUAGGAAACGAUUCAAAAGUUUUGAUACCAACAAAUGUAUUGCAGUUUGUGUUUCUCAGUGAUGGAGGGUUUCGAUUCCCAAUCGCUCAUUUUCCAACAGCGCAAUGUCCAGCAUCAUGCAGUGUUAUACCUGAAGUUUUGGGAAGGCGUAUACAGAUGAGAAGAACACGAUUUAGAUAGGAACUUUAAUUUGUUCAUAGUCAGAAGUGCCAUUUACAUUAAUUUGAAUGUUUAGUUAAUUAAAUCUACUUUUGUCUAGAAUCUACUUUGCUUUAUGUGAUGGUGGAGAUGCUAACAGGCAGGUUUUCAAAAUGUAUUUUUCUAACUGUCAUCCAAUGGUAUUUAUAAUGGGAUUGUAUUAGCAUCCACAUUUUUAGAGCACAACUGUGUAGAGACGCCUGGAAAGUUAAAAAUCUUGAUUUUGACAACAACCUGAGUGUGUUUGGUGUGAAAUUGUAACACUUAAUACUAAAUGCUACAUAGCUUCAGUAUAUCACCCACCUGACCCCAUUUAUCCUGAGACUGAGUUACUAAAUCAUUUGUCUGAAACUAUAGAACAGAUUCUUUAUCCUGAUCCCAAUGCAAGAAUAAUUAUAGCAGGAGACAUUAAUCACUUAAAAACAAAAUACCUUAUCAGUCAGCACAACUUGGAACAAUUAGUCAAGAAGCCUACCCAAAAUCAUAAAAUUUUGGAUGUAUUUUUAACCAACUGUCCACAUCUUUGGGAAAAAUCAAAGGUUUUUAAAGGUCUAGUAAGAUCUGACCAUUUGGUUGUCAUGGUUUCUCCGCGACAUGCUAUAAAACCCGAAAGAAAGGAUGUCUACUUUAGAGACGUAAGAGCUCAUCGGAAGUUCAGUAUGAUGAGGAAAUUGGAGACAUGUGAUUGGAGUCGCAUUCAUAAUUGCAAUAAUGUCAAUGAUACAGUUACUCUAUUAAAUGACACUAUCACUAACAUAUUUAAUGACUGUUUCCCAUUAAUUCAAGUAAAAAUGUCAACACGUGACCCACCAUAUAUGUCUCCUUUGGUCAAACACUUAUGUAAGAUAAGGAAUAAGAAUAUAGCGAAGGGAGUCGACAAUGAUCUUCAAAAACGUAUUGAUGAGCUAAUUCGUGGAAAUCUUGUUCAUUCCGUUGAUGAUGAGAAUAGAAAAAAUAGUUUGGGAUCCAAAAAGUGGUGGGAUAGUGUGAAUAGAAUUACUGGCAGAAAAAGCAAGAACAGCAAUAUUAGCUCAGUCAUCGAUCCACAACAUAUUAACUCGUGCUUUCAAAAUGUAAACACGGAUGCAAAUUACAUAUCCCCCCAACUCGUACCAAUUCCUGUAGGCACUCGAGUUCCUACCAUUGAUGAGCCUACUGUUAUAAGUUUUUUGUCGAAACUAAAACGAACAGCGCCAGGUCCUGAUGGGCUUCCAUAUUGGUUAUGGAAAGACUUUGCACAACUUUUAGCACCCAUAAUUACCAAAGUGUUCAAUCUAUCAAUCGAACAACAAUGUGUCCCUCUGAUGUGGAAGCUCGCCAAUGUGAACCCUUUACCCAAAGAAUCUCCUUUAACAGAGUGUAAUCAGUUGAGGCCUAUAUCGCUCACAAACAUCAUUAUGAGAUUAUUUGAAAGGGUAGUUUAUAAACAGGAGAUUGCGUCUGCAUUCAAAUCUGUGAUCUGACGAGAUCAAUUUGCUUAUAAAGAGGGAACAAAUACUACCGAUGCUCUGAUUAUGUGUUUGCAUCAUUGGCUCAAGUGGCUGGAUGAAGAUGCAGACUCUGUUAGGGUAAUAUCAUUUGACUAUAAGAAAGCGUUUGACUCGGUAUCUCAUAACAUUAUUUGUGAAAAAUUGAAAACACUCGAAAUUAACCCGUAUACUAUAAACUGGAUUAUUAGUUUUCUGGCCAACAGAAAACAAAGAGUGUUGUUGAUGGCAUAGAAACAGUUUAUGUUGAUAUUAACAAAGGCAUACCGCAGGGUACGGUUUUGGGUCCCUUUCUAUUUUCGUUGAUGGUUAAUGAUAUAAAACCCAUGGAUGUGCAAAACAACCUAUUGGUUAAAUUUGCUGACGACAUAACGACAAGUGCUCCAGUAAAAUCAGGAUCGGAUUCUGCUGAGGCUGAGGUGGAAAGCAUUCAGAAUUGGUCAGAAGCAAAUCAAAUGACAUUAAAUCUUUCUAAAACGUGGGAAAUGGUUGUGCACGGUGGGUCUAUGAAACCGUUACCAGCACCGAUUGUAGGCUUUGAACGAAAGAGUUGGUUGAAAUUAUUAGGUGUCACAUUUCAGGAAAAUCUAUGUUGCUGGGAUCUUCAUAUCGAUGAUCUUCUGUCAAAGGCUAGUGGGCGUAUGUACAUAUUGAGAGUGUGUAGAUGCUAUGGUUACUCUGCAGAUUAGCUAAGCAAAUUAUUUGAAGCAAAUUAUUUGAAUCGCUAAUCAUGUCACUCUUUUACUAUUGCAUUGAAGUGUGGGGCUCUGAACUCCAAAAAAAUAUUUGGAUCGUAUAGACAAGUUUUUCCGGCGGGCUUAUCGUUAUGGAUAUACGACAAAGAGUAUAAAGAUAUCUGAAGUGAUCGAGGAGAGUAAAAUCGUAUCGAAUCCAGAAUAUGCCCUACAUGAAUUGCGUGUAAACAAAGGAUUUUUAGAUAAAGGGAACAUAACUUUAUUUUACCUCAAAUUAAAAUGGAACAAUUUAAACGAUCCUUCAUAAAUAGAUGUCUUUUUAACUAUUUUUAACUUUCAUAUAAUUAAUUAGGAUAGAUCAAUUUUUUAACUGUAAUAAAUAGGAAUUUCACAUUUGUAAAGUUGCACGUCUGUUGUGACUCUAGACAAUAAAGACUUUAAUAAUAAUAAUAAAAGGGGUUUGAGAGAACUUUAAGACAGUGACACUAUUAUUUGUGUAAUUCUUUGACAGACCGGCAGCUCGGCUACUUUCAGUCAUCAUUUUGCCCAAUUUGUUGACUCUGAGUGGUCGAUUUUUGAACCAAACCGGGUUUGUUGAUUGCCAUUUUUGUUUUCGUGCAGGAUACUGGAAAAGAGCAAGACA